UGUGCGCUCAGCUCAGUAGGCGUUGCCCAUUUAUUUUUGGAGAGCGUUGCUGCUGUUGUGCUCUUGCUGUCACCGUCGCUGGGUAGCCAUAUCAGCAGACGCACCACUAAGCUGUUGUUGUGCGCUGAUAUUCCGUUAACAGCCAGUGAGUAAAAAUGGGUGAGUAAGAUUGCCUGGUAUAGCCAGCUCUUGCACUCUACUGCGUUGCAGUCAACCGAGAAAAUGAUUUCAGUUAGCUUGCAGUCAUUUAAUAAAAAAAACACAUCACAAAUAUUGUAGUUGUUGUACUUGCGAAGCAGUGCCACAGUUAUGUUGGAAAAAUGUCGUAUGAACCGUUGGAUGCGUGCGACUAGUUUGUGUUCGAACGCGAAUUGGUGUGCAUCGUGAGAUUGCGCUUCUUUAUGUAAGAAAUUCGUGAUUGCAAAACUUCGAAAAAAGUGGAUUAGUGAUGAAAACUGUUUGGACCUAAAUAGCUGUAAAAUGUUAUUGAGAAAAAGUGUUAAAUAAAAAAUUCGGAUUAACAAAUUAAAUAUAAACAGUAAUUUGUAACAACAAAAAAUAUUUGAUAGAUACUGUGACAGACAGCACAAUGCGAGAGAACAGGUUGUGAAACGAGUUUUCACUCAAAAUAAAGCUAAACUUUGAAUGUGCAAAAGACCGAAAAUUCAGUAAUAAAGACGAAAUAAGAAAUAAGAAGAAAUAAUAAUCAGCAAGAAAUAAAGAAAAAAUUAAAAGAGAACGCAACAACAAACAUUGUUGGGCAUUUAAAUACGGUAAAAGUAAUAAUACACAAGUAAAUAAAAAAAUAAAUAAAAAAAUAUAUAAAAAAAUAAAUAAAAUUUCACGAUUUGAUAUCAUCAAAGACAGCCAGUAAACGCAGUCCAAAAUAUAAUAUAUUCCUAUAAAAUUAUUGACUGUAAAAAACGUUGUUUAUGAAGUGUGGAGAGCAUAAAUUUACAAAAAUUAUUUGAAUUUAGAAAACAGUUUUUGGAUCAAGCUAAACAAAUUUUGAGCGGUUGGAGAACAAUAAUGAGCAGAUAAAAAUAUUUAAUAUUUAUAAAAAAAACUCACAGUGCUACACAUACAUGUACUAACGUAUGGAAAUAAUGCCAAAAACACAACGGAAAAUUUUCGAACGCAGCAAACUUAAGUAAAAUUAAUUAGGCAACUAAAUUGGAUAAUUGAUUCUAGAUGAAAGGGAAGAGAUAUAAAAACGUUACUCUAAGCCGUGCUAAUUUAAUUCAGUUUUUGUAUUUUGAAAGCCACAUGCUAGAUCGUCAGCAAUUUAAAAUAAUGAAAUGCAAAAAAUUAAACAACAACAAUAACAUUAAUGCUGUAAUGAAGUCACUGAUACACAGAAUAAGCAAUCGUCAAGCGAAUAAAACGUUUAUUACGGCAUGUUUUACAUUUAUGCCACAGCUUAAACAAGCAACAACUGUUAUAAAAACAAAAACAACAACACUACAGACGCGCUGAAAUCGCGCGAGCAACUGAAGAACCAACGACAAGUAAAUAACGAAGAAAGCACAGCAAAGCAGUAAACAAAUAAUCAUAAAACCGUCAAAAAGGAUAUGCAACAACAAUAGAAACAACAAUAAAGCUAUAACAAUAAAGGCGAGGGCAACACAGCAAACAAAUCCCUGAAAAUCAGCACUACACCUACCGCUGCACAGCACACAUACAUACAUAAGUAUGUGCAUACGUUGCAUGCUACACCCACAAAGCGUGUGAACUAAAUAGUAUUCCCGAAAUAAAAAACGAAGAAAAUAUUUGUAAAGCACGAAACUUGAAAAAAGCGUUCACAGCGGAACAGGAAACAAGUUGAGGAGCAAACAAAUAAACAAAGCUUAUAUAUACAUAUGUAUGCAUGUAUGUGCAUGUAAUAAUACAAAAAUAUGUAAAUAAAAAAUCGCUGCGAAAAAGUCGCCAAAGAGUGAAGCUGAAAACAUUUCCCGCUGACAUUAACACAAAUGCUUGACAAUUUGUUUUACCAAUUUCCAGCCACACCAAGCGACUAUAUUGACUAGCCAUAUAAGGCAGCAGCAACAACAACAACAGUGCGGGUGUGCACGAGUUGACAGCAGAAUCCUGUGCCGCACGAAAAAGUGCUUUUAUACACAAAAGCAGCGCAGCGACGUCGACGUCGACACCACAUCCGGUGGGCGCGUUCAGGCCACAAGGGGGGUACGGGUGCGAGUGUGUGGGUGUCCGUUGUUUGCACCACUAGGCAGCAUCCAACGUGCAAGUAUCCUUAGCGCAGCGCCGACUGUCGCUUGGGACACAUUUAAAUGUGUGUGUUUGCCCGUGAAUGUCCUGUGGCUACUUGAUUUUUUGUUGGCGAACAUUUCGUGCAACAACUGUUGCCACAAACAAUUGUCGUUGCUGUUAAUAACAGUGCCCAAUAACUUGCGUAUAGCUUUUGCUAACAGUGUGUUUCAAAUAAAAGCUGCUUUAGCGGCAAGAGCAGCGAGAAAACAACAACAAAAACAAUAGAAUCGUGUUGCAAGAAUUAAGAAAUGGCCGCCUACACGCAGUUUGGUUACAAUUACCCGUCGGCAAAUCAGUUACUCAACGGUGUUGCACAGUCAGCAGCCGCCGCCGCUGCCAUUUCCAACGGUAUGUCGGCCAACAGCAUCGGCAUCGUUAGUGGCAGCGCACCGUCACCGCUUUCUGGCGGCAAUGAUGCAUCACUCAGCCCAUCUGGCGGCUCGUCGGCGACCACAACUGGCGGUGUCACAACUACUGGACCGCUUAGUCCAGGUGCAAUUUCGCAAACUUCAAAUAAUACAAACAACAAUAAUAACAGCGGCUCUAACUCAGCCGGCCUCAGCAUACUGCAUAGCAGCACCGCCAAUGCAAUCGGUUUGAGUUUGAGCCUAAAUGCAGAUGUCAGCGGUAGCGAGGGUGAUGUCGGCAUGGGUAUUGAUGGUGCAGGCGCCGCUGCCACAAAUGUGUCCGCUAUCAAUGAUGGCACUACGCCCUGCUGUGAGAAUGGCCGCCCCAUCAUAACAGAUCCCGUCUCUGGGCAGACAGUCUGCUCGUGCCAAUACGAUUCGGCGCGCUUGGCGCUCUCCGGCUACACACGCAUGCCCGGCGCUGGUGCGUCAGCCGGUGUCGGCGUUGGUGUUUAUGGCACGCCCUAUCCAUCAAGUGAGCAAAAUCCCUAUCCCAGCAUUGGCGUGGAUAGUUCGGCGUUCUAUUCGCCGCUGAGUAACCCCUAUGCACUGAAAGAAGGCAACGCUGGCUCUGACAUGUCUGCUUGGACCUCAGCUAGUUUGCAGCCCACCACUGGUUAUUAUUCAUAUGAUCCCAUUGCCGCUUAUGGUUACGGUUCCAGUUAUGACUUGGCGGCACGCCGCAAGAACGCCACACGUGAGUCCACAGCCACGCUUAAGGCCUGGCUCAGUGAGCACAAGAAGAAUCCUUACCCCACCAAAGGUGAGAAAAUAAUGUUGGCCAUCAUUACAAAGAUGACGCUGACACAGGUCUCCACAUGGUUCGCGAAUGCGCGCCGACGGCUCAAGAAGGAGAAUAAAAUGACUUGGGAACCAAAGAAUAAAACCGAUGACGAUGAUGAAGCAAUGCUGUCGGACGAUGAGAAGGAAAAAGAUGCCGAUGAGAUUGAUAAGCUGAGCAGUGGUAAUGUUGGCGCUUCCGACGUCGUUGGAGGUGUUUACGGUGGCGCAGCUAUGAGUGGCAGUGACUUGCGUAAAGAUGACCCAGUAGUGAAGUCCGAAUUAUUGGGGAAGGAGGACAAAAUGGAUGGUUGCCCAAUGGAUGAACCGAAAUUCGGCGAUAUACCCUCCCUACGCAAUAUGAGUGGUGUCUACAAUUCACCAUAUGGACAACAUCCCAGCUAUCAUCCUUACCAACAACAACAUACAUCAGCUUACUACCAACAACAGCAACAGCAGCAGCAUGCAGUUAGUAUGACUUACGGCACACCAAGCCAAAUCAACGCAGCGGAUGAGUAUAAUGUCUCAAAAAACCUGCUGCGUGCGGCGGACUGUGGUAUACCGCUCCCAGCGAGCAAACCCAAGAUCUGGAGUUUGGCAGACACGGUCGCUUGCAAGACACCGCCACCUCCGCCGCCGCCGCCGCUGGCCACAUUGCCACCACCUAUACAAAUGAACACAUAUCAGCAGCAGCAGCAGCAGCAGCUACAACAACAACAACAGCAACAAUCGUUGCUGCAGAGCCGAUCGCAAUACUAUCAACAAAUGCCGACACACUUGCAACAGCUCAGUCAACUCAAUCCACACAGCAGCAGCAACACGCAGCCAGCGCACAACAACAACAGCAGCAGCAACAGCAACAGCAACAAUUCGACAUCGCUGAGUAUGAUGAACGGCUACGUCGGCGCAUUGCCUUAUUCGCGCAUACCUACGGCGUACGCGGCAACUGGCAGCAGCAACAACAACAGCAACGCUCAAUUUCUCAAUCUCAGCUCCAGCAACAUCAGCAGCACUGGCAAUGGCAGCAACAACCACAACGCCAAUAUUGGCAGUGGCAGCAGCAACAGUAGCGCCUCCACACCACCUUCAAUGACGCAAGGACCACCGCUGCUGACAGCACAACAGUAUCACCAGCUGCAGCAACAACAACAGCAACAGCAGCGUUUGGGUUUCACUGAAAUACAGCCGGAUACGCCGCCACAAACGCCACCCAACAUGAAAUUGGUGAGCGCCGGCGGCAGCAGCGGUGGCAUCGCUUUGAAUCAGCUGGCGCGCAACGGCUUAAUGUCGACGCCUACGAGCGUCGCGGCUGGCAUGUGCUACAACGGUGGUAAUGGUAUCGGUGUGUCGCAAGGCGCGUACGGCGCGGGAUUGGGUUCGAAUGUUGGUAUCAAUUACGCGUUGGCAGCGGCACGUGCUGAGGGCUGAGUGGAGACAGGUGUAGACCAUGAGUUAAUCAGAUGCUGAAGUAAAGCUGACAACAACAAUUAGUGCGCGCAACUCGUGUCAUCUGUGGGACAUGUGCAACAACAAAAACAUGCAAUCAAUUGUAAAAAUAUAAAUUAAUUGAAAAUUUUGAAGCAAAAAACGCAGCGCUUUCGGACGGUGGAAGUAAGUCACACUAGUUUUUUAAUUAGUUUUUCUUGUACAACAACGUCGUAUAUAUGUAUAUACACUGCAAAACCGUUGAUCGCAGAAGUGCCUGCCGUCACAAUUUAAACGCGCUAAUUAUUUUACAAUAAAAACGUAAUUUGAGUAAGCGGCAAUAAAAAGUGUUUAUUGCAAUUCGCGUGCGUGGAAAAAAGGUCGCCUGUCGGCUGCUAAAUUCAACACGCGCGCGCGCACAGUAAAACAAAAAUAAUAAAAACAUAACGCAAAAACUAGAUGAAAACAGUUAAAGUAAUAACUGAAGACUUAAGGCGCGAACUUGCCGCAGCAAAUACAUGAAAAUAUGGAGAGGGUGGUUGCGGCGAAUUGCUUGUGCUGUUGCAGUUGUUAUUGUGCAAUUAAUAGUGCUUUAUUAAUACAGCAAUAAAAGCGAGUUAAAGCAUACGCACAUCCUAUUAGUCACACCAGCGACGGGUUAACGACUCUUUCUACAGUAGCAGCCACAACUAAGCGGCAAACCGCCGCUGCAACAAUAACACUAUCGGUAACAAGCGCAAAGGUGUUGUAAAAAUAACAAUUAAACCUUGAUAAAAUGCUUGUAAAACUUAUAAAUUAAGAUUAAAAGCACAUUAAAAAAAUAGCAAUUAAAAAGUGCUAAAAAUAAACGCGUACACAUACACGCGGCAUACAUUUGCUGUUGGCGAAAAAUGUGGAGUGGUUCGGAAACAUGUUUACAAAAUAUAAAAUAAUGAUAAAAUUAUUAAAACCAACAAGAAACUAAAAAUAAUAAUCAUAAAUAACUUUAUUAAUAAUAAUAAUUAUAAUAAUAAUCAUCGUCAUAAUCAUAAUAGUAAUCAUAAUAAUAACAUUACAUAAUGAAAAAUAACCACAACAGCAAAAUUAAUAAAAAGAAACUGUGAAUAAAAAUGUAUUUUCAAUUUCAGAAAAAAAUAAGUGUAGAAGAUUUAGGUCUGUCAAUUUCCCAUUGAUAUCAAAAUUUUCUUUUAUUGUGACCCCCAUUAGUAGCCAAUGUCUAUCCUGCGACAAUCAUAUUCACAUUUCAACUUUCUCGCACGAAAAGCUUUGGAGUCUGCGUAAAACUUAAUAGAGUUUAUAUUUGGCGGUAAAACAGAGGCAAACAUUUUAUGACAGUAUCAUCCUAUUUUAGACCGCAUAGCAUUUUAUAUAACAUAACAUAAAAAACGUUAACUUCGGCUGCACUUAAGCUAAUAUACUCUUCACAAGUGCAUUUGCUAUAGCAUAAAAAAGUAUAAAAAUAUCUUUAUCUUGAAUUUGGUUUAUCAGUUUAUAAGACAGCUAUAUGCUAGAGUAGUUUGAUCUAAACCAUUUCUUCGGAUAUUGUACCGUUGCCUUGGACAGUAAUCUGUGCCAAAUUUCGUAAUGAUAUGUGUGGAUGAUUAUGACUGGACUUUACCAAUCAGUUUGUAUAAUAGCUAAAUGCUAUAGUGGACCAAUGUCGGCGGUUUCAGACAAAUAAACAUUUUCUUGAGGAAAAAAGAUGUGUCCCAAAUUUCAGUUCGAUAUCUCUAAAACUGCGUUCGUGUAUGUACAGACGAAAAGUCAGACAUACAUGGCAAAAUCGACUGGAUUAGUCACGCUGAUCAUUAAUAUGUAGCAUAUAUUUUAUAGGGUCUUCGAUGUUUCUUUCUGCGUAUUACAAACCUCGCGGCAAACUUAAUAUAUAUACGUUAUAAUAACAGCGUGUAAAUAUGGUGAGCGUGAAAGGUAUGAAAACUUUUGUUUGUAACUUUGCCUUUUCGCUGUUGCUAAUGAUUUGUAAUUUAAAGCAUAAAUAUUUGUAUUGUUUAUUUAUUUAUUUUUUUAUUAUUAUUAUUUUAUUAUUAUUUUUAUUUGUUUCAAAGCAUCGAUUUUUGUUGUUUUUUAUUUUACUUAUUAUUUGUUUACUAGUUUACUCGAUUUCAUAACAUCUAUGGUUAAAAAGAAAAGAACUAAAUAAGUAAUCAAGAAAAUUUUAAAAUAUAAAAAAUUAAAAAAAUGCUCUAAAACAUAAAGGAUAUAACAAAAUAUGUUUUCGGAUCACCCACUAUGCUAACGACUUGCUCUAAAUAUAUACAACUCCUCAUAAGUACCACUUAUGUAGAUAUGUAUGGGCAUCGUAUAAAAAUCAGCAAAACCAAAAACAAACUUAUUUAAUUAUUAACACACUUACAUUAAAUUUUCAUUAUUCGCACCGAAAAAAAUACGCAAAACAAAUAAUGAUUGCUCAUAACUGACUUAAUAACAGCAAUAAAAAAUUUACAGAAAACUUUUGAAUUAAAAGCACAUGUACAUAUUGCUAGAUCAACUACUUUUGCGUGUGCGUUGCCGAGAUACGUAUAUAAUAUUAUAAUGUGUACAUAUAAACAUAUAUGUAUAUACACAUGCAUAUUAACCUAGUUAAAAUAUGUUUUGCUGCAGCAAUUGUAAUAGGAAUAGUACACACAUACAUAUGUAUAUACACAAGUAUACACAUAUAUAUAUACAUAGGUGCAUAACGGUAGCACAUUUAUGGCAUACAACAAACGCAAAAUUAUUAAUUAAGACACCUGCCAAUUAAUUUGUUGUUUAACUUGUGUGUAAUAAUAGCAAAUAGCAAUAACAACUACAACAAAUUACAAGUAAUUUAAUCAAUAUAAAUAGUAUUACUUACAAUGGUAUAAAAAUAUAUAUAUUGUAAAAAUAUAUACAUGUAUAAAUUAAUAACGUAAAUUAUUCAAUACAUAAACAAACACACACGAAUAUAAUUGCAAUUCGAAAUUCAGUAAAAAUAAUUAAUAUAUAUAAUGCAAUAAUAUUAAUUACAUAUAUUCUAUUCUAUAAUUAUUUGUUUCAUGUAUAUACUAGCGUUACAUAUACAUACACAGUUACAUGUAUAAACACAUACCUACAUAAUUGCAAUACGAUUAAGUAAAAAUUAAAAUCUGUGAUAAAUAUUACUAUUGAAAUGUAAAGAAAACCAUGAAAUUCCUAAGCACUUAGGUUGCAAUUGAAUGUAAAUAAAAUAAAUAUAAGAGCAGAGAAGAGAGGAGAGAAAAAAACACACAAUAACAAAUAAUAUAUAUCGUAAAAUUAUAUCGUAAAUUUAAAUCUUGUUGAUUCGCAUAAUUGAUUGAUAAAACUAAUUAAUUUCUAAGUACACUUAUAACUCAAAUUUAAAUAAAGAAAUCAUAUACUACA